AUGGCAGUCUUGGAACUCUUGGUGAAGACGAUAAUAGAUUACUACUCAGCUUUGACUGCAGGCAGCAUUUUCAGUGGAAUGUGUUGCAGGAAAGCCAUCAGUCAAGGGUAUAUGUCAUUUCCUAAAGACCAGCAGAAUUCUUCCAUCAGCAUAUUCAUGGCAGUGAUACCCAUAUAUAUUGACGAGUGUUCAGAUGGCUUUGUUCAGUGUGACAGCCGUGCCACCUGUAUUAACUUGCCUGGCUGGUACCACUGUGAAUGCAGGGAUGGCUACCACGAUAAUGGCAUGUUUUCACCUAGUGGAGAAUCAUGUGAAGACAUUGAUGAAUGUUCAACUGGGAGACACAGCUGUGCCAAUGACACAGUUUGCUUUAACUUGGAUGGUGGUUAUGACUGCCGGUGCCCCCAUGGGAAGAACUGCACAGGAGACUGCAUCCAUGAAGGCAAAAUCAAACACAAUGGGCAGAUCUGGGUUUUAGAGAAUGACCGGUGCUCUGUCUGCUCUUGCCAGAGUGGCUAUGUAAUGUGUCGGCGGAUGGUCUGCGAUUGUGAGAAUCCCACUGUUGAUCUGUUCUGCUGUCCUGAAUGUGAUCCAAGACUCAGUAGUCAAUGUCUACAUCAAAAUGGGGAGAUUUUAUACAAUAGUGGAGAUACUUGGGUUCAGAAUUGUCAACAGUGUCGAUGUUUGCAGGGUGAAGUCGACUGUUGGCCCUUGCCUUGUCCAGAGACGGAGUGUGAAUUCAGUGUACUCCCUGAGAAUGAAUGUUGCCCCCAUUGUGUCACUGACCCCUGUCAAGCAGACACUAUUAGGAAUGAUAUCACCAAGACUUGUCUGGAUGAAACUAACGUGGUUCGCUUCACUGGAUCAUCUUGGAUUAAGCACGGCACAGAAUGCACCCUCUGCCAGUGCAAGAACGGGCAUGUUUGUUGUUCAGUGGAUCCACAGUGCCUGCAGGAACUGUGAAGCUGAUGACCACACAUCACAGACAGUUUCUGGUUUAAGAAUUUUAACUUUGCAAAAAGACUCAUAGACCAAAAAUUGUAUGAAACCAAAACUGAAGCAAGAUCAGUUUUUUCCCCCAAUUAAAGUGCAGGCUGUAAGGUGGAUGAGCUGUCAGUUUCCUCACUCUGAGUGAAACAUGUAAGGCUGGGUGGGAACAAAUUCAAAUGCAUAAACUCUGUGUUUGGAUGUGAGGUUCAGCUUCUGGUUAAUUUUGUAUUUGACACCAUUAUGUAAGAUAGCGGACUUGAGAAAAUUGACAUGUGCAUAAAGAUGUCAAAAUCCUCAAGCAAACAGACAGUUCCUGGAGUAUUGAGAAUGCACCUCAUCCAUGACCACAGAGGGGGUUUUUUAGACCUAACCUACACUUUAUUUGACUGCUCACUGCAAAUUUGCCAGAAAUCUGAAAAGGAGGGAAGAUAAUGCAGGAAAUGCAGAACUUUGCAGCAACAUAUGUACAGCUCUGAGAAACUGAUUCAAGUUAUUGUAAAAAAAAUUAAUAAUGCACAGGCAUGACUACUUAGUGUUUUCUGGUGGGAAAAGUCAUCUAUAUUUCCUCGUUUGACUGCACUUAUUUCUUGAUUGAAUUUGUUCAGUAUAAGCUCGUUCUUGUGCAAAAUUUAAAUAAAUAUUUCU